CGGCCACCAACUGGGUCAUUUCUACAGGGGAUGUGAUUACUGGGGCAACCAGGAGUGAACAUACGACACUGAACGUAGUAGACUCACUAGACAGGAUUGCCUGCUCCCAUCGCCUCCGCCUGGCACACUGGAGGACAUUUGUUGUUGUUGUUAUUAUUGUUAUUAUAUUUCCUUAUAGCCCACCUUUCUCCCAACAUAGGUACUCAAGGCGGUGAGCAAGAAUAAGACAAUGCAAUUUAAAAAACAAUACUAAGUACAUAAAUAUAAAACUAAAAAACAAAGAUUUUAUCAAUUAAAACAGUUAUAAAUUAAAAUGCCAUCUACUCCAUGUACUAUAAUAUAAUGUACUCAGCCAGGACUAGGUUGUCUCUCUCCUCAGCCGCUCCCAGACCGAAAUGACCCUCCAAAAGAGAUUCCAGGGCUGAAGAGGCUCUCCGAAUUUAAAACAACUUUGAAGACCAGUGUCUAAGCCAAAUGAAGAAAAUCAACUCAAAACCAAAAUGCCCGGAUGAGCAAGAAAUUCCAUAUCGCUUGCGGGAAAUUAUGAAGAGUCAUGAGGAACUGAAGAACCCCAAGAGCAAGAAGAAAAUGAAAAUAGUGAACAAACAAUGGCCUGAUAUAUCAGAAGGUGACAUACCUGUGCCGAAAUUCAGGAGGCAUGAAAGGGAGGCAGAAGCUUCUUAUGUGAACCGCAUGGAGCGGGAAACUCAGCAUGUGUUGUUCCUCACCAAAAACCAGCUGCAACGUGAACCUGAGAGAGAAGAACUAGCCCAAGAAAAGUCUCAGAAGAAAAAAGAAUUUCAGAGGAAGAAGAUGGAUAAAAUCCGCAAACAAAAAGAGGAGAAAAAGGCAGCAAUGCUGGAAAAGGAAUUAUUCAAAGACUCAGUAAAGUUUGGAGAAGUUGCUUUACAGCCCCCAACACUUACAGCAAAACCCAGAAAGAGUAAAAGCAAGGCUGGCCAGAGACAGCUUCUGCUCAUGUCUCUCUUAGGAUCUGAUAGUAAAGCAUCUAUCCCCAAAGCAUCUCUAGCUCGCCAAAGGAUUGUGCAGGAGGAACGAGAACGGGUUGUACAAGCCUAUCGUGACAUUAAGAAACGCAAGCAGCAGCAACAGUUAGUGGCUGAGAGCCAGCUUGCUAUGGACAAACUAAAGAAGCCAGCCUGAGUUGUGGGAACACUUCCAUUGUGACAGAGAACACCAAAUUGCUUGGAUACAAAGAUAGAACAGAGGAAAAGACUGCCGUGGAUUGCAGUAGUUCCUCUUUGGCUGAGUGUACCCAGCCACUUGGGCAAACAGAGUGGAAUACUUUGUAUGCAAUGGAUAGCUACAUAGCUUAUUGAACUAUAUGUAUUACUUAUGAAAGUGGAGUGGAUUCUCUGUGAGGCAGCUUUCUCAAACUAGCUUUAGAAUGUCACAGCAGUAUGAAGACUGAAGACAGUUGUUGUUGUUUUUUGUGUGGCAGCUGCCAGGAGAGAGAGGGUGCAGAGGGCCAUACUGAAGUUUUUAAAACUUUUAAUGUAUUUCUUUUUAACAAGUUGAUUUUCUGGCUUUCAGAAGGUCUUCUCGGCCUAAAACAGCCAAGUAGGCAUGACAAAAUAUUUCCCAUUUUCAGCAUGUUUAAAUGGAGGACAAGUUAGAUGAGAGUGCCUGUAGCAUCAAGAGCCCUUAGAAGACCAUGUAUGUAUCUUAGGUAGUUGCUACAAAGCAGAUCAUGGCCCGUAUUUUUCCAAUAGAAACAGCAGCUGGGUACUGGCUUCAGCUUCUUUUUGAAAGUCAAUUCUGUCACUCAUUUUUGUAGUUUUAAAAAAACAUAUUUUCAAAAAGAAUGGGAAGAGCUGUGAGGCUCCAGAAACAGCCUGGUAGGGAGCAUGGACUGCAUUUUGCCCAAUCUCCCCUCCCCCAGUAGAAGAUAACCAUUCCUAUGUGCAGUCCAAAAAUUGAUACAAUGUGUUUAUUCUGCCCUCCCCCAGAAUCUGUUUCGAUACUUACAAGACUAAACCCAUGACUUAGUAACAGGGGUAGUAUUUGUGUGGCCUCCUAGCUAGCUAUUUUUGGAUUUGUUGUUAUGUUCUUUGCCUUCAAGUCGACUUUGAUUUAUAGCAACGCUAUGAUUUAGAGGCCUCGAAAUCCAGUGCCCCUGUCCUCAACAGUCCUGCUCAGAUCUUGCAAACUCAGGGCCAUGGCUUCCUUCAUUGAGUAGCUAUCUAGAAUGCAGUCUUCCUCUUCUCCUACUGCCCUGCACAUUAUUGUAUAUUCUAGUGAGUUAUGUCUUCUCAUGAUAUGGCCAAAGCACAAUAGUCUCUGUUUAGUCACCCGGCUUCUAGUUAGAGUUCAGACCUGAUUUGUUCUAGGAUCCAUUUAUUUGUCUUUUUAGCAGUCUACAGUAUCCUCAGAAUUACAGCAUUACAUCUCAAAUUAGUUUUUUUUCCUGACAGUUUUAUUCACUGGCCAGCUUUCACACUCACACAUAGAAAUUGGAAAUACGAAGGCAUGGACCAUCUCAAUUUUAUUAUUCAGUGAUAUAUUUUUAUAGUUUAGGAUCUUUUCAAGUGACUUCUCUUAUCUAGUUGGAUUACAGCUCUCACAGCCCUCAAUAUAGAGCCAGUGUGGUAUACUGGUUUAGGACUAGGAAUCUGGGAGAUCAAUGUUCAAAUCCACACUAGGCCAUGGAAACCCACUGGGUGACCUUGGGCCAGUCAUACUCUUUCAGCUUUGGAAGAUAUCAAUAGCAAACCUCCUUUGAAUAGAUCUUGUUAAGAAAACCCAGUGAUAGAGUCCCCAGACAUUGGGCAAGUUACAUUCUCUGUCUCAAGAGGAUGACAGUGGAAACUCCUCUGAAGAAACUUGCUAAAAGACUCCUGUAAUAGGUUUGCCUUGGGAUUUCCAUAAAUUGGAAAUGACUUGAAGGCACACAUCACUAAGCAACAAAGGUGGGAAAGACUUGAAGGCACAGAGCAACAAAUUCUCACUAUGGGCUAUGGUGGCUAGGGCAGAUGGAAUUGUAGGCCAAAACAGCUAGAAGAUAUCUUGGUUGAGAAACUGUUCUCUGUUAGAAUGUUGCAUUUCUUUGGGUUGUGUCUCCUUUUGCUGUGCCCCUCUUGAGAGUAUUGUUCCUAGUUUCAAAAGCAGAGAUAAAGAGACAUAGGAAAAUGAUACUAUUGUUAUUUAGCUCUCCAUCUCCUGCUUAACAAAAAUGAUCCUUGAAGGCACUCUUCACUUUGUGAAACUGCUUCUGGGGCAGAAGUGGGUGACAUGGAGGAAUCACAAUAAAUCAUUUUUAGUUCCAGUUAGUUCUCUUUUUUCCACCACAGUUAUGAACUAUGUUUUCUCCUCUCCCCCGGCACUGCUUUCUAUUCUGUUUGCAAAGAGAGUUCUCUCCUCAUUGAAGGGAAAUGGAGUCCUACUCCAAAGCAGGGUAUAGAGAGGCCUCCCUUUAUACCUGACAGCAAUUGUGUUGGGAUGGGAGUCCCCCCAGAAUACAGCUACAUGAAUGUGCCUUCCCUUGGAAAAAAUGUUCAUGUUGGAAUGAAGGAAGCAAUGUUCCUGCUUUGGAGAUGCAAUCAUCAAAGCUGGUAUAUAGGACUGAUGAAGCUGUAAAUGAAAAAAUAAUGGUAAUUUCUUCUUCCAAAUCCUGGCACAGUUGGGAACAGAAGUAAAUGACAGCCAGUGCCUAACAGAAUAUGAGGGAGCAACAUUGCUAGGCCUUCUGUGUAUAAGACAACUGUGUACAUCUUGGAUGCUCUCAACUGCACUAUAUUGAAGCCCCAGAGGUUGUCCUUAUCUUACCUUUGUUUCUUAAAGAUUUUAAUCAUCCAGUUACUGCCAAGAGUUGUUUUAAAAAGGGAGCAAUUUAAUUUCUUUUAGUGGGAGUGGCAUUUUAAGAUAGAUGUUGAGUGGGAUGUGGCUGUAAAUGGAAAGGUGGUUGAGAAUAAUUUUGGCACUGUCUUUGAACUGUUUCCACAUGGAUUGGUCAGUAGGUGGCAGAAUGUACGCACAGGCCAAGGGGAAUCUAUGCUUAGCCGUUUCUUAGCUUCAAGGACUUUUCGGUCUUGAUGUUAAUGCUGUGUGACAUGAGCAGCACUUUCUGAGUAUUCUCUCUGUUUCUUCUGGGCAAACCUAAGGUAGAAUUGGAUUGUAGCUACUAACUGAGUGAUUGAUGCUCUGAAAUUUAUAGCCAGGCUAAACUUUUAACUGUGUAGCAGCCCUAGUAGUGUAUUCUCUCAGUUCGUGGUAUAUUCUUUUUUGAGGCACUUACUCUGUAUUCAUCUGACCCAUCUCUGCUUUCAGGUACCUCUGGCUUGGUUAAUUUUGUUUACUAGCUUCUCACAGCUUUUAAAAAGCAUAGGUACCAUAAGGCUGCUGGAAAGAUGAGAAAGAGAGAAGCAUUUCUCUUGUUCAGCUGUGUUCAUAUGGGCGAGCCCCUUCAAAUAGCAGUGUACUUAGUAUGCCUAGUUGGAAGCAUACCUCAUUGAUUUUUGAUUCACUGAAGGAGAGUAGAGCAGUGAUGGGAAACAGUUGGUCCUCUAAAUGUUUUUGACUACCUCUCCCAGAAUCCCUUAGCACUGACUAUUUGGGGGGCAGCUGAUGGGAAUUCUAGGCCAAAACAUAUGGAAGGUCAAAGGUUUUUUAACUCUCAAAUAGAGAGCAAGUGUAUAGGUGAAAGUAAUACUGCAUCAUAAUCCUCUACAUGUUUAGCCAGAAAUAAGUUUUGCAGUGUUCAGUGGGUAGAGAACCCCUAGAAAAUGUGUUUAGAAUUGUAUUCUUAAAGUAACUGUCAGAUGGUGUCACAAUGUUUGGAGUGGUUCCAACUGUAAAAUGUGUUUUGCCCUGACACUGUGCAAGAAUGGAUGCUCAGUUUGUUCCAAAGAACAAGAAAAUCGAAAAUUACUAUGGUGAUGCUUUUGAGUGGGCUGUGUUAGUAAAACUCACUAGGAGAUUUUUGAUUGCACAGAACUCUUGUCUAAAGAAAGUUUAUGUAGCCUUAAAAGGCUUCUCAGAGCUGGUGUGGUGUAGUACUUUGAGCAUUGGACUAUGAAUCUGGAGACCCGGAUUUGAUUCCCUUCUUAGCCAUGGAAAUCACCUGAGUGACCUUAAGUGAGCCACAUACUCUCAGUCCCAAAAAACCUUGUGAAAAUCUGUGUUUUACAUCCUAGAAGCUAGAUGCAUUUAUAGCCUGAUGGUUGCCCAUGUCAAAAACAACUUGGAGGCACACAACAACAAUGGUUUCUGUAUGGCCUUAUCAACACCUUCAAAUAAAAUGUGCAUUUAUUGUACCAUUUUUAUCCUGUUUUGAUAGCUUUUUGAUAGACCUCUCUCCAUGAAUGAUAAGAAAUUCACACAAUUGCUUCCCAUAUUAUUCAGUGGUGGCAACAUGAAUGUGCACACUGUGUUCAUGUUGCCACCAUUUAAUAAUAUGGAGCGUGGUGAUCCGUGGGUGGUCAGAUUUGUAGAUUGGAAGCCCAUCAAUAGGAAGGGCCCACUGUAUUUUCAGUCUUUUAAAUGUCAUUUCAAUAUUGUAUUAAAAUUUUGGAAUUGUUUUUA